CACAAGAAACACAGGCAUGCAUGGGUUCCCUAGGCUCAAGCACCAUUAGCAGCAUGAACAUGGCGAAGCAGGCAGCCACCACCGUUGGUGCUAAGAACGGCGCUGUUGCUGUCGCCGAUCAGCAGAAAGUAGAGGGCCCCAGGACGAUGAACUGCAGUAGCUACACCUUCCACAUGCCGCUGCACUACCCGCGGUACAAGAAGGCUGACUACGAGAGCAUGCCGGAGUGGCGCGUCGACUGCCUGCUCCGCGAGUACGGCCUCCCCGUCGACGGCGAACUCGACAGCAAGCGAAAGUUCGCCAUGGGCGCCUUCCUCUGGCCCGACCAGUACUGAAGGAACCCGUGGCCCGAGCUGAGGCUGCUGAGCCUGAGCUAACAAGAGAUGAAGCAACUGCAGUAGCCGGAGCUAACAAGAGAUGAUGCGCCACUGCUGCUGCCUCCGGCGACCAGAGUUACAUCCCUGACGUAGGCAAGUGUGAGGAGUGUGGAGAAGAAUCAUAUAUUUAUGUGUAGUGUUGAUACAUUAUGAUUCUACGUACUCGCCUCGAUCUUGCUUCUGCUUUUCUCUACAAUAAUAUAUAAUCCAUUCAUGCAACCAGGAUCGAUAAUUGCAUGCUGUUGUACCAAUAUAUGAACUAAUAAUAAUACUAAUAAUAAUAUCGGUUCGCAAUGAACAAA